AUGGCUGGUCACUCGCCUCGGUUUCUCAGUUUUCUUCCAGAUGUUGGCAGAGAGGAAGAAGAGGAGGAGGAGGAAGGGGGCGCAGGACCUUGUCUGCCAGCCGCCCUGAAGAACUGCCAUCCCCACCAUGGGAUCAGCCUCCUGGAGAAGCUCAUAAGGACCUGCUCCGUGUGGCUGCAGCUGAACUUGAGCCAGUCAGAGGCGGCCAGGAUCCUGCACCGUGAGGCAGCCGGGAUGUUUCUGGUCCGCCGGGACAGCAACCUGGAGUGCCUGGUGCUGUGUGUUCACCUGCCUUCCCUGAGCGAGAGUGCACCUGAUGUGCUGGAGUACCCCAUCAAGGAGGAGAAGACCAUUCUGUUCCUGGAAGGCUCAGUUCUUGUGUUUGAGGACAUCUUCAGGCUGAUCACGUUCUACUGUGUCAGCAGAGAUGUGCUGCCCUUCCCGCUGCGGCUGCCCUGGGCCGUCCUUGAGGCCAACAGUGCCACGGACCUCGAGACCAUCUCCAGCCUGGGCCUGGGGCCUAAAACCCUGCACAGCUGCUCCGGCUCCCUGGCCGGCCCCAGGAUCCCAGGACACAGUGUCUGCCAGGACAAGGCUGAAAGAGAGCCCUACCCCCUUGCCAUGAGGGCAUACUCCAGGAGCAAACAGCUGGGUGGGUCCCCGCACACAUCCUGGGAAGGUACUCUGCUCACCCUGACGGUGACUGUGGUCCUGGCCAGCAAGGAAGCAAAUGCGUACCACUCACCUGCAGGCUUCUGGGACUCCUCGCUGAACCCCUCACGAGGAAGAGAAGGCCCAGCUGAGCCCCCGGGAGCCCCGGCCCCUGGGGCACCCCCUGCUUGUGCAUCCCCCGCCACGGACCACACCUUGCCCGUCCCUGGGUGGGCCCCACGCCGCCCACCUCCCCCGCCCCCACAGCCCCCCUGCUUGUCCCAGCCUCCCCCGGGCCCAGCUCCCGUGCCUGCUGGCCCUCUGCCCAGUCCUCCCUUGGCGCCCGGCCUCCACCUCACACCCCAUGCCUCCGGCCCCCCAGACCUGCUGAACCAGCCCAUGAUGGCCUGUGAAGGGCUUCCAUGCCCGACCGCGGGCCUGGGCCCCCUGGAGGAGGAAGACACAAAGUCGGGGGUGGCCCCCAGCCCCCCACAGCCAGCCCCCCCACCGCCACUGCCUCCCAAGAAGAGCCUUCCCACCGCUCCCCCCAGACGACAUGUGUCAGAGAGGACAUCUCUGGAGGGCCGGAGCACGGGGCCGGCUGAGGGCCACCAGUUGGGCCCACCAGCCCAGGGGGCCUCAGACAGCCCUCAGGAUGGGCCGCAGGGGGUCCCAGGACAUGACCAGGAGGUGGAGGCUAGAGCCAGCGACUCAGGCAACCUACCCGAGCCCCCGAGGAAGACAAAGCAGCCCCCGGUGCCACCCCCCAGGAAAAAACGCAUCUCCCGACAGCCAGCCGCUGUCCUUCCUGCCCCCACAGAGGAUGGUGAGCUCAGCCUGCAGGCGGCGGUCCCAGAGACGCUCUCGCCCCACCCACCCACAGGAGGCCAGGGUCCAGCCUCUCACACCAGGCCACGGCGGCCCCUCACCCAGGCCAGUCCCCGACCCCAGAGCUCCCCGGAGCUUGUGGGCUCCCUGGCCUCCCUCUCCGACAGCCCUGGGGGGCCUGUCACAGUCGCCGACCAGGACUCUUACUCGACCAGCAGCACAGAGGAGGAGCCGGAACCGGUGGGCAGCACCGACGUGAGAAAGACACCAUCCAUGCUGCUGGGCAAGGCGCGACACCGGCUCAGCCUUGCCAGCGUCAGCAGCGUCUUCCGCGCCCUGCUCUCCCGCGACCGCAAGCUCUACAGACGUGUGGUGGAGCUGGCACAGGACAAGGCCUCGUACUUCGGCAGCCUGGUGCGGGACUACCGCGUGUACAGCCUGGAGAUGAUGGUGCACCAGGCAUCCAGCACCGAGAUGCUGCAGGAGAUCCGCACCAUGAUGACGCAGCUCAAGAGCUACCUGCUGCAGAGCACCGAGCUCAGGGCCCUGGUGGACCCCAGCCUGCAUGCUGAGGAGGAGCUGGAGGCGAUCGUGGAGUCAGCCUUGUACAAGUGUGUCCUGAAACCCCUGAAGGAGGCCAUCGACACAUGCCUGCACGAGAUCCACAGCCGUGAUGGCUCACUGCAGCAACUCCGGGACAACCGGUUGGUGGUUCUGGCUACCACCACCACUGAGCUGGGCGUGACCACCAGCGUGCCCGAGCCACCCACCAUGGACAGGAUCCUGCAGAAGUUCUCCCACAUGCACAAGGCCUACUCGCCCGAGAAGAAGAUCUCCAUCCUGCUCAAGACCUGCAAGCUCAUCUACCACUCCAUGGCCCUUGGCAGCCCAGGAAAACCUUACGGUGCAGACGACUUCCUGCCGGUGCUCAUGUAUGUCCUGGCACGCAGCAACCUGGCGGACAUGCUUGUGGACGUGGAGUACAUGAUGGAACUUAUGGACCCCGCCCUGCAGCUGGGGGAGGGUUCCUAUUAUCUGACCACCACUUAUGGGGCCCUGGAGCACAUCAAGAACUAUGACAAGAUCACGGUAACGCGGCAGCUGAGUGUGGAGGUGCAGGACUCCAUCCACCGCUGGGAGCGCCGGCGCACACUCAACAAGGCCCGGGCUUCCCGCUCCUCCGUGCAGNNNUUCAUCUGCGUGUCGUUCCUGGAGCCCGAGCAGCAGGCGCGGACGCUGGCGUCGCGUGCGGACACCCCGGCCCGCGAACUGUGCGCGCAGUGCGCCGACAGGUUCCAGGUGGCGCGGCCGCAGGACCACCGGCUGUUCGUGGAGGUGGCCGGGCGCGUCUUCCAGCUGGCCGACGACGCGCUGCCCCACCGCAUCAAGGGCUAUCUGCUGCGCAGCGGCCCCGGCGACUUCCACUUCGUCUACCGGCCCCUGGACUGCGGCAGCCCGCCCUGCCUGGUGGUGCGGGACCCCAACUUCCUGUGA